UUUGAAGGUCAGCAGGCAGCCUGGUCGCUGGUGAAGCUAGAGGAUCAUGGCUGGAAACCAACAGCCACGUCAAAGGGGAAUAUUAGGGGUACUGAAGCCAGCUGAGCCAUUGCUGUUCUCGUUCCUCCCGAACGGAGCACAGGAAUGGCCGUCUGAUGAUGACGAGGAAGAUUCCGACUAUGAUCCGAAUGUUUCAGCUGAUUUUGGUGACGAGGAUGGUGAAGCAUCACCAACGGCAAUAUCUUCAAAAAAGAAGCCAAAAACCUCUAAAAAGGACACUAUUCCCUCUAGAUCAAAACAGAAAUCAAAAGCAACAAAAAAGUCACAGAAACCAGCAAAAGGAGUGAAGACAGAUAAAAGGAAAGCAGCAAAAAGACGAAGGACUUCAGCGCCAUCCUCAAAAGGUCAAAAGGUUCCAGAUAGAAAUGACAGUGAAGUUCAAAGGUCAAGCUUCGGAGACCCCACUUUGUGGGGUCAGAGGUUACCACUGAUUGUGCUUCAGAAGGUGUAUCAGUAUGUGGUGCAAUCAUCCGGGGCUAUUCCAUUUCUGUGCAGAGCGUGUAGAGUUUGUAGACUGUGGAGAGAGGCUGCCGUUCAUUCAUCGCUAUGGCAACAUCUUGACUUAGCCAAUGGGAGAAUCAAAUGUACGGAUGCCACGUUGGAUUGGCUGGCACAGAACAGAUUAUCACAAGUGAAAUCAAUUAACUUAGGAGGUUGGAAAAAGCUAACCGAUGAAGGAAUUAAGGCGUUGGUAACUCACUGUCCAAAGCAUCUGACUACCAUUCAGCUCAACGGUUGCAUCAAACUUGGCUCUAAGUCUGUCAACGCUUUGGCCGAUAGUUGCCCAAAGCUUCACACCUUGGACCUGUCAAACAGCAAUGCAGACGUUGUAAGCAUUAGUAGUAUGACUAAUGUUCUGCAGAGCCUCGGCAGCCGAUUACGAGUCCUGAGUCUUGCUUCAAAUAAACUGAAAGCAGGUCCCAUCUUAAAAAGUCUCAUGACAUACUGCAGUAAUCUGACAACUUUAGAUAUCUCCAACUGCAAGUUCUCUUCUGACUUCCUGAUGUUACACAUUGAGGAAUUCCAACGAGGCUGUCCCAAGCUACAAGUAUUAAGAUUAGCUGGCUGCAUGGUCAGGGCAGGCCAGGCUACCACUAAAGCUCAGGCAGCGUCUACAGGUUUCCCUGAUCUUCAAGAACUCAGCCUGGCAGUGAACACCGAUAUCAACGUGUCUAAUGGAGGAAUCGCUAUAGAUGAUAACAUGCUUCUAAGACUCCUAGUGAAAUCUCAUCAGCUUAGGUUACUGGACCUCAGGGGCUGCACUCAUAUCACUGCCGUUGGGAUACAAAGACUUCCAGUGUAUGAUCUUCAGCAUCUGUUUAUAUCACAGUGUUCAGUGUCACGCUACGAAGGAAUAGAAGCAAUAGUACAAAAGUGGCGACACAGCUUGAUAGAGCUUGACUUAUCAUGGAACGUAUUCCCAGCCAUGUCGCUGGACAUCGCUAUACAGAAGUUAUCGAGUGUGCCCGGUCAGUCCGUACUAAGAGAUAUCAAUCUGGCAGGGACGUCCAUCACGGCCGAAAGAGUCAGGUCCAUUUUAGAGGGAUGUCCAUCACUUGUAUCACUCAAUCUUGCCUCUUGUCGUGGGCUACCUCGUGGGAUGAAGCGCAGCUAUUCAGGGGAGUGUCUGGUACAACUCAAGACUGAUCUCAGAACAGCCUCACCAAGUAGCUUGGAGUAUGUUGACUAGGGCUUCACCAGACACCUAGAGACUGUGGACUAGGGCUUCACCAGACACCUAGAGACUGUGGACUAGGGCUUCACCAGACACCUAGAGACUGUGGACUAGGGUUUCACCAGACACCUAGAGACUGUGGACUAGGGUUUCACCAGACACCUAGAGACUGUGGACUAGGGCUUCACCAGACACCUAGAGACUGUGGACUAGGGUUUCACCAGACACCUAGAGACUGUGGACUAGGGCUUCACCAGACACCUAGAGACUGUGGACUAGGGCUUCACCAGACACCUAGAGACUGUGGACUAGGGCUUCACCAGACACCUAGAGACUGUGGACUAGGGUUUCACCAGACACCUAGAGACUGUGGACUAGGGUUUCACCAGACACCUAGAGACUGUGGACUAGGGCUUCACCAGACACCUAGAGACUGUGGACUAGGGUUUCACCAGACACCUAGAGACUGUGGACUAGGGCUUCACCAGACACCUAGAGACUGUGGACUAGGGCUUCACCAGACACCUAGAGACUGUGGACUAGGGCUUCACCAGACACCUAGAGACUGUGGACUAGGGUUUCACCAGACACCUAGAGACUGUGGACUAGGGCUUCACCAGACACCUAGAGAAUGUGGACUAGGGCUUCACCAGACACCUAGAGACUGUGGACUAGGGUUUCACCAGACACCUAGAGACUGUGGACUAGGGCUUCACCAGACACCUAGAGACUGUGGACUAGGGUUUCACCAGACACCUAGAGACUGUGGACUAGGGCUUCACCAGACACCUAGAGACUGUGGACUAGGGCUUCACCAGACACCUAGAGGCUGUUGACUAGGGCUUCACCAGACACCUAGAGACUGUGGACUAGGGCUUCACCAGACACCUAGAGACUGUGGACUAGGGUUUCACCAGACACCUAGAGACUGUGGACUAGGGCUUCACCAGACACCUAGAGACUGUGGACUAGGGUUUCACCAGACACCUAGAGACUGUGGACUAGGGCUUCACCAGACACCUAGAGACUGUGGACUAGGGCUUCACCAGACACCUAGAGACUGUGGACUAGGGCUUCACCAGACACCUAGAGACUGUGGACUAGGGUUUCACCAGACACCUAGAGACUGUGGACUAGGGUUUCACCAGACACCUAGAGACUGUGGACUAGGGCUUCACCAGACACCUAGAGACUGUGGACUAGGGCUUCACCAGACACCUAGAGACUGUGGACUAGGGCUUCACCACCAAGUACCCAGAGAAGUAUUUGUGGACUAGGGUUUCACAAAGCACCUGGGAGUAUGUGGCUAUGCACCUAGGAAUAUGUGGACUAGGUCUUCACCAAGCACCUAGCAUUAUGUCUUCAUCAAGCACUAUAUUUUGAGCACUCCAAAGUUGUUCCGGGCUUUAAAAACUCUCAGCUGUAAGUCAGUUCAGUACACAGGCCAGUCGACAUGAAGUUUGAAAAAGCAGUGCAGACUGUACAAUGUACCAGAGAUUGUAAAUACAUGUAUUUAUCAAUUUUUCUACAACAAUUUAUUGUAUUUUGUACAAAGUAUUUUGCAAUUUUUGGUGUGGAUAUUGACCACUCAAGAAACUCAAAGAUUUAUGAUAAUGUACCUGUACAGUCCAAUUGAUAAUACAAAUGUAUUUGUAACAAAAAACAAAACCAAAUCUUAUUUAAUUUCUGUUAUUUAUCAUGUUAAAGGGUCUGUGUACUUUUUGUACCAAAAAAUACAAUGUUACCAGAUUGACAUUUACAGCUGAGCUGCUGUAGACUGAUUGACAUUUACAGCUGAGCUGCUGUAGACUGAUUGACAUUUACAGCUGAGCUGCUGUAGACUGAUUGACAUUUACAGCUGAGCUGCUGUAGACUGAUUGACAUUUACAGCUGAGCUGCUGUAGACCGAUUGACAUUUACAGCCGAGCUGCUGUAGACUGAUUGACAUUUACAGCUGAGCUGCUGUAGACUGAUUGACAUUUACAGCUGAGCUGCUGUAGACUGAUUGACAUUUACAGCUGAGCUGCUGUAGACUGAUUUUAGGGAUGACAUUUAGUGGUGGAAUGCGUGUCCGUCAUUUGUGAACAUUUUCAGCAAAACUUACAUCAUUAGUCCAGAUUGCUUUUAGGCAUAAUGGGGGGGGGGGG